AUGGACGCCAUCGACCCAUCACUCACGUCCCCCUCGUCCCCUCCACUCGAAAUUGCGAUCAUUGGUUGCGGCAUUAUCGGCACCGUGCUUGCUCUGGGCCUCCUAAACAACAGCCCAUCCCCGUCCGCAAUCCGCGUCAAGAUCUAUGAGCAAGCGGCCUCCAUCCGCGAGAUCGGCGCUGGGAUCGCAUUCACCGCCAACGCCCGGAAAUGCAUGUUUAUGAUCGACUCGCGGCUUCCGGAGUGCGUGCGGGCCGUGGCCACUGCGAACGGGGACCCGGAUAAUCCGACGAAUUAUAUGCAGUUUGUGGAUGGGUAUACGCAUGACCCUGGGAAUACGGAGGUAGGGCAGGAGUUGGAGGGGAGGACGGUGCAUAAGUUGCAUGCCGGGGAGAGAGGGUUUGAAGGGUGUCAUCGCGCGCAGUUCCUAGAGCAGGUGAUGAAGCUGAUGCCCGAGGGUGUGGUGGAGUUGAGGAAGCGGUUGGUUAGGUUAGAUGAGGAGGGUGGAGAAGGGGGGAGGGUUCAGAUGAGUUUUGAGGAUGGGAGUGUCGAGAUUGCGGAUGCUGUCAUCGGCUGCGACGGUAUCAAAUCGCUCGUCCGCCAACACCUCCUGGGCGCAGCCAACCCGAGUUCCCACCCUCACUACACACACAAGAUCGCCUACCGCGGACUUGUUCCCAUGCCCCAAGCCAUCGAGAAACUAGGUCUCUACCGCGCCACGAACCAACACAUGUACGGCGGCCCAUCAGCGCACCUCCUCCAUUUCCCCGUGAUGCAGCAGAAGCUGAUGAACGUGGUUGCGUUCGUCAAUGACCACGACGGCUGGCCUCUUCAAAAACCCAUGUCUCAGCCCGCCACGCGUGACGAGACCGGGAUCGCGUUCCAGGACUGGGGUCCGACUGUGCGCGCGAUCAUCGACCUCUUGCCGGAUCAGAUGGAUAAGUGGGCGGUGUUUGAUCAUUUGGAUUAUCCGGCCAGCGAGGGGUAUAGUAAAGGAAGGGUUUGUUUGGCGGGAGACGCGGCGCAUGCGUCGUCGCCGCAUCAUGGGGCCGGUGCUGGGAUUGGGAUUGAAGAUGCCUUGGCGUUGACAACAGUGUUGGGGCUUGUCCAGAGGGAUUUGAUGAAGGGGGGAGGUGUAGAGAAGGUUUCCUUGCUGGAAAAGGCAUUCCAGGUGUUUACGAAGGUCAGAUAUGAGCGGUCUAUGUGGCUGGUGAAGAGCAGUCGCGAGGCGUGUGAGAUCUACGAGUGGAAUCAUCCUGAGUUUGGAAGUGAUAUGGCCAAAGCGCAUAAGGAUAUUCGUCGCAGGUCGCAUAAGAUUUGGUAUUUUGACAUUGAGGGCAUGUUGCGGGAGCUGGAGGACGAGUUUCGUCGGUAG